UCAGUAUUCCACAAAAAUUUAACGUUUCUUAGCAUACUGCGUCGUAAUGUUUCAGUUUAUAUGGAUUUUCUGGUCUGAACCAUAUGCUUUUCCUAUUAUCAAGUUUUUUGUUAAUCUAGUACUCUGUGACUUCUGUUUUCUUGCUAAUAUACGUAGCUGGUACCACAUAAUUUUCGCGUCAGCAUACUUAUGGACAAAUUGUGGAUUCGAGUGUGCAACCAACGUGCUAACGCUAACAAUGAUGACUGCACUUGUGGAUUAUACAAGAAAUGUUUUCCGUGCAUCGUUCACAGCCGCACUGGCAACCGAAACGAAAACUACACCAGAUCCAAUAGUGAACCAGAAAACAGCUGUUGCUCAUUUGCCGACCUACCCAUCGACGUUCUAAUUGAAAUCUUCAAGUACUUCGACUCUGUAGAACUGCACAAGCUUUCAGGAGUGUGCCGCAUGUGGAAUGCUGUGAUAUCCGACUUUUUUCUCCGCCGCACCGUACACUUAACGCUGGAACGGCGCGACAAAAUGAUCCACUCCGUGUUCUUGGGAAACGGCCGGUUUGAGUGGUACAAACACGUAUUCGGUUUGCUGCUGGGCCCGGAAACUCGCAGUCUGACUUUCGUCGCGGCACCAGCAUCCGUCGCACCGGAAAUUGACACCUCUGACAUCAGCCAGUAUUACUUUGCCGUGUACCACGACUUCGAGCGCAUCUUCAACCAUCUAGCCGCAUGCCGGCCACAAGUUACUGAGAAAUUCUGCACAGUGACCUUCGUGAACUUGUUGCUACCAAUGGAAGCCUUUCAGUAUAAUUUUCCUGAGUGGAUUAAAGAAAUCAGACUCAAAAAGUGCGUCUUAGCGGCUUCCUUUUUGAAUGGUCUGGGUUCUUGGUGGGGCGAGCAACAGGAGAUAUUACAAGUGGACGUUGAUGAUCACACCAUUGAGAUUACCGAGUGGAAAGACGAAGCAGCCAGCUGGGAUUUUGUUGCCAAAAUUGCCGGACCGUUGAACGAAUUUCAAGAAGCGGCGGUUAUGGAAGUACUGAACAGUGAAAGAAGUGCAUGGGAUAUCGUUAAGCUCUUGGCAUGGAGUGAAGAUCGCUACCAAGACUUUCUCGAACUGGAGAUCGCCGCUGCAGACUUGGCCAUCAGCGUGGAUAUUUUACGAGGUUUUAAACUUUCAACACAACACCUUCUGCUGUGCUAUGUCAAUCAUGGUCCUACCUCGGAAGCACCGCUCAAUGCAGAAAACGCCGGUUUUUACUAAUGUGAAGAUAAAUUUUAAUAAUGCCCUACGCCAGCAAAGGAUGGAGAAAUCAGGUGGUCGUUCAGUAACGGUUAACUUCUCCUAACGUUUCUAUGUGUUAAAACAAGACAGCAGCAUCAGAUACACUGGAAUCUAAACGCGCUCUGUUCCCAACAAUGAAAUGGUUUUUUGAGGUAUGACAAAUGCAACCUUUAGCUUUAAUUUGCCACAAUACAUCAUUUGACUUCGUUUUGCACCACCGACGGUAUUGCUGAAUAUGCGAAUUACGAAUAUACUUAUCUAACUUAAUGGCGAC